AUGAGACAAAUGAAAAAUAAAAAUGCUUUUAUGUAUGAAACAAUUCGACCAAAAGUUGUGCAUACUGCUGUAAAAUAUUUGGUUGAGCAAGAGCUGUAUAAAGAUGAAGGAAUUGUGAUAUCUCAUGAUUGGCUGAAAGAAUAUUCUAACGAGAGAGAGAAUUUUAUCAUCGAUGAUGAAGAUAAGAAAUUCGAUGAAAAUGAAAACAUCAGCAAAGAUUUUGAUGACGAGGACAAAUGGAAUGAAUGUGACGAUAAACCAGUCAAUCCAAGUACUACUGAAACAUUAUUAAAUGACGAGAUUGGUGAUCAGAAUGAUAUUGGUAUCAAAUUUGCUCCAGGAGAGAAUAACAGGCCAAUAUCAAUUUUAAUGGAUUUAAAAGUCGAUGAAUUAACAUUUCCGAAAAUUUAUUGUGGCAAGCAAAGAAAAAUCAAAGCAAAUGUUAAAUUAACUUAUGCUAAGAUUGCCAAAAAAGAUCCUGUAACAUGUGUUCGUUAUUUUGAACAUAGAGUAAAAUGUCUAUGGGAAAUAUUAUCAGCUCCUUCUGGUCCAUUUCAAGGCUACGAACUAGAAGACAAAUAUGUCAGAAUUGAAUUUCAAGCUCGUGGUUCACCACAUGUUCAUGCCUUGAUAUGGUUAAAAAAUGCUCCAAAAUACGACAAAAAUAAACCUGAAUCAAUUAAAGAAUGUAUAGAAUUUAUUGAUAAACUGAUUUCAAGAUCUGAAUAUGUUCAUCGUGAAGCUAAUGAAUUUGAAAAAGCUCUUGAAGAGCACAAAGAAAGAGAAAAUGAAGAUGAUAUUGAAGAUAAGAAUAUUGAAUACGAUCAAGAUAAAAAUGAAUUUCUUAUCUAUGAAACAGGAAAUCAUGAAGGAUCUAAUCCAGAAAGUAUUCGUGCUGCAAUUUGUGCACCAACUGGCAAAGCAGCUGCAUUAAUUGACGGAAUGACUUUGCAUUCAUUUCUAAGUUUACCGGUUAAUCAAUGCAAACAUAAACUUGUUAAACUAGACAGCGAUGUUUCCAAUAGAAUUGGAGUAAAAUUGAAAGACUUGCAAUUACUAAUCAUAGACGAAAUAUCAAUGGUUGGUUUUACGAUGUUUCAGCAGGUCGAUGCUCGUCUACAGCAAGUGAUGAGAUCAAAAGAACCAUUUGGUGAAAUAUCAGUUAUAGUUUUAGGCGAUUUCAAUCAACUAAGACCAGUUGGCGAUAAGUACAUAUUCCAGUAUAACAAUUCGUAUAAUGCUUUAGUAGAUAAUCCAUUAUGGUCACUUUUUCAGUUGUUCGAAUUGACGGAAAUAAUGAGACAAAAGGAUGAUAAGAUUUUUGCCAUUGCCUUAAGUAACAUAGCAAAAGGAAUGAUGACACUUGAAGAUAUCAAUUUGCUAAAAUCACGAAUUGUUUCAGAUGAAAAUUCGGAAAUCAUGAGAGAUGCAGUAAGAGUAUUUAGAAGUAAUGCUGAAGUUGAUGCAUAUAAUACAAAAGUGUUGGCCAGUUUUAAUACUGAAGGUGCAACUGCCAAUGCUUACGAUUUUUGUGUUGGUGACGGACUUGCAUCAAUAAGAGAAAAAGUAUUAAGCAACAUAAAAAAUCUGAAAACAACUGAAACUUACGGUUUACCACUUGAAAUCGAUUUGAAAGUGGGUGCUAAGUAUAUGAUGACAGUGAAUUUGGACAUUGAAGACGGAUUAGUAAAUGGUGCAUGUGGACAGUUGAUGAUGAUUGAUUAUGGAAAACUUCAGAAGACUAAUGAUACAGUGCCAUGUCGGUUAUGGAUCAAGUUUAAUGAGGAGAAAACUGGAAGAAAAGCAAGAGCUAACUUUCAUAAUGCAAUGCGAAGUAGAAAUAUGGAUCCCAGUCUCACACCGAUUGAACCAGUAACACGACAAAUAAAUACACGAUCAACAAAUUUCAAAGUAGAACGAAAACAGUUUCCUCUAGUUCCGUCUGAAGCCAUGACUAUAUAUAAAAGUCAAGGUGGAACUUAUGAAAAAGUCGUUGUUAAUCUAAAGAAAGGAAUGACAAGAUCUGAACUAUACGUUGCUUGUAGUCGUGCAACAAAAGCAAGCGGUUUAUAUUUGAUCGGCGACUUCGUUCCACCGAAACCGCCUGAACGUAAUGAUGCAGUGGCGACAAUGUUCAAAAGCAUGAGAUCAGAACGAAUGCUGAAAUUUUCACUUGAAUUUCCUGAAGAAUCUCAAGGAGAAAGAUUUUUCGUGAUGUUUCAUAAUGUACAAUCAUUGAAUAAACAUAUUUUGGAUAUCAGAUCUGACAAAACAUUUUUGUGUGCUUCUGUGAUAAGUCUUGUUGAAACAUGGACAAAACCUACUGAUUCUUUGGAAAUUGAAGGUUUUAAAGUAAUUCACAGACGUGAUUGUAAUGAUACACGAAAACCAUUCGGUCAAAUCACUUACUUAAAAAAUGAUUUGAAGUAUGAAAAUAUCACCGAAAGAUGUGAAUAUUCAGGGAAAGACCAUAUUGA